AUGGCUAGUGAGGAGAGUUUCGUAGUGUUGGUUCACCACAGAGGAUCCAUUAAAAGAAAAACUUGUUCCGGUGUGAAGUUCACUGAUAAGGAUUCUCUUUGUAUUAUCGUCAGGCCUAUGACGAGGUAUGAGGACCUUGUUAGCUCUGUACUGCUGAAACUUGGUCUAGAAGUGCUCCAGGAAACCGUAAAGUACGAUUGUUUCACGAUCGGGAGUGAUGAGGACUUGCAGGUCAUGUUUCAUUGUCGCCGGCAGUUUUCAGAGGUAAGGACAUCAGAACUGUUGGCAAAGUUGGUUGAUGCGGUGUCCAGCUCGGGGGGUUCGAACCGGAAUACCACCACUUUAGCCACGAUAGCCGGUUCUAGCUCCAGACCUGCCGUUGCAUCUUCCUCCGUCCCUGCGUACGAGCCACCCGUCCAACCUGUCGCCUCCCCUUCGUUCGCUGUUGAUCUCAACGGCAGUGUAGGCGAAGAGGUCGGAGAAGAGGAAUAUCUGCGGACCUCUUUACAGUGUGUUGCACCGGAUGGGGUUGGAGAUGGAUUCUUGGAUGAUCCAGAGGACAAUGAUGUCGAGCCGGAUAUGAUUGCUUAUGACAGUGGCGAUGAUGUUGGAGCAAGUGAGCCUGCUGGGGCGGGCGGUAGUUCUAGCUCUGGCACACAGCAGUACCCUCCACAUUUUUUCUCUUUGGACCUGGAUGCCAUGAGGCAGGAGGGGGUUCCUGGGCAGCCGGCUGGAUUUGGCGCUAGAGAUGCUGAAGGGUCUGCAGGUCUGACAGAGUUUCAGGUUGGUCAGUAA